AACGGUCCUGGAUGUUGUCGCAGUCAUCCAUCAGCUCGUAGCUCUGGCCCUGGAAGUUCUCCCUCUCAUAGAUCCUCAUCCUGUAUGAGCCUCGGUACUAAAAACAGGAGACAGCUAAGAAACUGAAACGUUCCUGUUGUAUAUAUAGAUAUUUACUGUUAAACCCACAGCGGUAUGAAUGUUUAUCUUUUCAUAAUAAAGCAUCAUACCUGAGGAAUCAUACGGCAGGACCGAACGGAGUCACUCAUGCCAAAGAACAUGUAGUCGGCGUACUCGCCUCUCCUCAGGAAGUACUGGUUUCCCAUGUAGUUGGGUCGGUCGUAGACCACAAAGCAGCCGCUCUCCACCCUGCAGGAGUUACACCUGCUCAGGUAGGACGACAUGUCUGAGCAGUCGCUCAUACACUCAUAGGAGCGACCCUGGAAGUUCCUGUCCUCGUAGAAGAUGACCUGUAGGAGAGGAAAAACAAAAAGGUUUGGUGUUCAACCCAACUCCCUCUCUCCUGUUUCAUUCCACUGAGCCCUACAGCGAUUGUUUUCGGCCUACUCUCCACACACCUUGCCCAUGUUGGAUGUUCUGUGUGUUUUCGGGAAUCUGUCCAACAACCUGCGGCUGCCAGGCAGCUUUUAUACUUUAUACGCCACCGCAACAGGGUUUUGUUAUUCAAAUUUUCUGGAAGCUGAUGAAUAAGCAGCUCUGCGAUUGCUGUUAAUUUCAUUUGUGCCAUCAUGAUCCAGAACAAAGGGAGGGGAAAUGGGUGGAAGAUACAAGGCGGGAGAGGAGGGAGGGGAGCCGAGAGGCAGGUUUUAUAUUUCUCAGACUGGGGAGGGGGGCAGCCGACGUUUGACCACUUUUGAACCGGUUCGAUCUGUUGGGCUGUAUGUUGAUCUAUCACCAGUUCAGACUGUGGAUCCAUGAAAUGCAGCCAAAUAAAGCUUUUCUGGAUCCCUCAGUCAUUAGCAGCUGCUUUAAUACGUCUAAACUCGUUUCAAAGAGAGCAGAUGUUCUGGUAAAAUUACCAGCCAAUAACAUUUAUCGGCAGUUUAAUUUAUACUCUACAGGAACUUUCAUACUCUGGUCAGCUUUGAGAUUUUCACUUUCAUAGCAUGUCUUUUGUUUUUCCUCCUACUCUAAAUCAGAAAUCUGUACUUCAGCAGCACUUAUCUGUUUUAUGUGUCUAUAUUCGGAGGUUUGUUCAUACAUCAAAGUCUAAUUUUUACAACAUUUAAUUCAUAACAACAUGGCAAAACUGGACAUUUUUCUGAAGGUGUUUUCUGACAUGAAAAGCGAUGUCUAAAAUCUCCUCUGUACAGACCCUUCACUCUAUCACCAAACUGAAACAAGAAUUUUUAUACAAUGUUCAGAUUUUGGUUUCAGGAACAAACACAGUUAUUUUUAAAUGUACAACACCUUACUGGUAUGUCAAAGCAUAAAACUUAGAAAACUUGUCAUUCAAAAAACUAUUCUUUCUGUAAUCGAUCACGGUGAUAUGUCUUCCUGUUCACCUGUAGCUGCUCUAUAACUUCCUUUAUGUUUGUUCAGGUAAGACGUUUAAUUCCCAGCAGGUAGCUGAACUCAUUAAAGCACCAACAAUGAAAACAAUAAAUAUUGUUUGUUGUAUUAAAGUGUCCCAGUAAAUCCUGAAACUGAUGCAUCACUACAUUCUUACUGGUGCUGUUCCUACCCAGUGAGGGGUUUUCUGGUUUAAACUACGUUCCAAACAGACUGCAAAGUAAACACUUUUUCAACUAAUUAAUUGAAGAUGUUGACCAUAAUUACAUCAUAACUAACCAGAACUUUAACUAGUGAAGGUUUUCAUCCUCUAAGGUCCAUCUACCUGAGACUGAGUCUGCAUCUGUGUUUUCUAAAGAACCAUCGGUCUAAGAUGAACUGUUCCACUGAUGUAUAAAAGUUUCAUUUUCGCACAUGCUAUAUCAGCUAGAUUUUCGAAACCUGUGGCUAAAGUAAAACGCUGCAAGUACUCGACCAUUCAAGUCCUCCCAAGAGUCACAGAAGGGGUUUUUUUGUGGGAAAAAUAAUUUACCCAGAACUUGAUUGGUCCAGUGGUAGCUACAGUCCAAAUGCUUUGUUCCUCCAAAGGCUUCCAGUCACCAAGGAAAGUUGGUGGCAAAGGAAAAACUACGAACCUGUGUCCAAGGAUUGUUUUCCAAUUCUGGAAUUUGCAGGCUAUUUUAUCAAACUUUGUCCAUGUUCUGCCUGCAAGAACCACUUUCAGGGUAGAAAAAUGGACUUAGUUUAAGUAAGGUACUUCUGAGCCUCCCUGAAGAGCUGCUGUAGACCUGUAGGAGAGAAGUUUGAUUAUUGCUGCCCUGUCGAUGUCCUUGUCGAACAUUUACACUUAAUUGUCACGUGGUCCUGCAAAAUUUCACACCACUUUGCAUCUGCAUCGAGUUCCUGCAGUGGAAAAACACCAUCAGAGAAGGAAUCCACCAAAGCUUAUAUUGCUGAUAUUGGAUGGUGUUCAAUGCAGUUAGCACUUGUCUAGCAGUAAACAUGAUUUCUUAUUUUCCUGCACACAACUGAUCCCACUACAACAUCCACUCUUGUUGGCAGCACACAGCCUGUAUAAAGUCUAUGGUUUGGUGUCUUCAGUUGUUCUGCUUCCGCCCCUUUGUGUCUUUUCCCUCCUCUUUGAGUCUCGUCAGCCAACACCAGCAUUAAUAAACAGUCCUGUAUCUCCUUCUUUUAGUUUCCAGUUCAUUUGUUUAGCUGCAUGUUUGCAUCCCUUCAGCUCCCCACGUCUUUCUGUGGAUUUCUUUUUAUUAGUUAUGGAUCUUGUUGGAGUUGCUUUGUGGAUAAUUUAGGAUAAUUUACCAUUAGUUAGGCUGCUGUGUCGCUAUGGCUAACAUUAAUUAUGUGCUCUCCACCUCCUUGGAUGAAAUAAUUCAGGCAAAUGACAAGUUGUACACAAUCAGAUGUAAAACUUUGAUGUGUUUGUGCAAAUACACAAAGGUGAAAUAGACCAGAAGUGUCCUCAAACUUAAUGACUUUUUGUGGAUGAAUACAACUUCCUUCAUUAAUCACUAUUUUCCAUAAACAUACAAAGCUUUGGGCCAUAAAAUGUCAAAACACUGUAACAUAUAUUCAAGGUGAAAGCAGCUAAUCUUGUAAAUCCAUGAUCUCUAAGGGUUGUCAUCCAUCACAAGCUGAUAUUUAUCACAAUAUUUGACUGAAUACAAUAAUUAUUACAUUCUGGAGUCUCAGAUCUUCAUUGUUAACCAACGUACAGACAACGAAAGUCUCCUUAAGGAACCAAACAGCAGAUAUUUGGUGUAACUAAUAACAUUAACUGGCUUUGCUUCUCUUAAUGUUUCCGUCAUUAAUGUCUGCUGUGUUAAAAUCCCUGUUUGCUUAAAAAAGAUGUUUAGGUUGAUAAAAUAGAUCAUUUGCAUUAUCCUUUAUACUGUGCAGUGUUACUACAGGGCCUAAAAUCAAGGGAAAUUCAACAGUUUUGUGUCAAAUAAGUGACUAUAUGCAUGUAAUGCUGCAGAAACAAAACACUGAGGUAAGAAAUAACUUCACUAUAUUAGCUGCAGUCGUGACGGAAACAAUUUCUUGUUGCCUCCUGCAAAACAAGUCAAAUAAAAUCUACUUGAGACCAAGUUUCAACGAAACAGUCAUUUGUUGCUGCAGAAAUCAAAGGUAAAAAUGCACACAGUUUUCAUGAAGUUUGGCUUUAUCAUGACACAUUUGGCACUAGUUUGAUCAGAGGCCAUCACAUGCGGACAAAGGGAAAUCAAACCAUUUUGCUGAUAUGCAAAUUGAGCUAAUUUAGAUGACAAUAGCUUUCCCUCGUCUGCACAUUCUACUUUUCGAUAUAAACCAGCACACAGCUGCAGCUGGACGGGAGGCAAGCAGCAUCAUCAACAAUGGGGAAGAUUGUGUUCUACGAGGAUAAGAACUUCCAAGGUCGAAACUAUGAGUGCAGCUCUGACAGCUCUGACCUGAGCUCGUAUUUCAGCCGCUGUAACUCCAUCAAGGUGGAGAGCGGCUGCUGGGUUCUGUACGAGCGUCCCAGCUAUGCGGGCUACCAGUACGUCCUGAGCCCUGGAGAAUACCCCGACCACCAGCACUGGAUGGGCUUCAGCGACAGCAUCAGGUCCUGUCGCUUCGUCAGAAAUGUGUACGGAAAGUCCUGGAAGAUCCGCUUCUACGACAAGCAGGGCUUCGGAGGCCAGGCGGCUGAGUGGAUCGAGGACUGUCCCUCCAUCUACGAGGCCUUCAAGUUCCGGGAGUUCCGGUCCUGCGUGGUGAUGGACGGCGCCUGGGUCCUGUACGAGCAGCCCGACUACCACGGACACCAGUACUUCCUGGAACGUGGCGAGUACCCGAGCUACACCGACUGGGGUGCAACCUCCCCCGCUGCCGGAUCCUUCCGUAAGAUCACCGAGUUCUAGAGCAGCGAGUUCUCAAAGGGUUUGAACAGUCAGAGAGUCUAGAACCUGAAUCUUCCAACAUUGUCUUCAACGAGUGAAAUGAAUAAAACACCUCUUAUCCUGGA